AUGGAUUAUCGACGACAAGGAAGGUAUGAUGUUAUCACUGUUAGCAAAGAUAAAAAAUUGAUAUCACCUCUCUCUCAGGCGAACAAAAAUAUAAAAUACUUCGUUACUGUUGAAGAUCUUUUUGAUAUUAUUCAUGAUGCUUAUUUGAUUGUUGGACAUGGUGGACGUAAAAGAAUGACGAAAGAACUUAACGAUAAAUAUAAAAAUGUGACGACCGAAAUGAUCAUGUUAUAUUGGAGCUUAUGUGAAGCAUGCCAAAAAAAAUCGGAAAAAUCAAAAAGAGGUCUGAUUGUUAAGCCAAUACUUGCCACAGAUCUUAAUUUAAGGUGUCAAGUUGAUUUAAUAGAUCUUCAAACACAAAGUGACGGUGAUUAUAAGUUCAUUAUGAACUAUCAAGAUCAUUUGACAAAAUUUGUUAUAUUACGUCUAUUAAAAACCAAAAAAGCCGUAGAAGUAGCAAGUCAUUUGAUGGAAAUAUUUACCACGUUCGGUGCUCCGUCAAUUCUGCAGAGUGACAAUGGCCGAGAAUCUGUUAACAAAGUAAUCAUUGAAUUAACAAAUCUUUGGGAUGGAAUAAAAAUUGUGCACGGUAAACCAGAAACUUAG